UUAUGUUUUACUAACAUGUAUGUUAUUAAAUACCACAGACUCCUCCACUGCCUCCAUCAAUGCCUCCACCACUUCCUCAACCACUGCGAGUCCCUACUACCCUCCCUCCGAGCCCCGCAACUCGCAGCCAGCCCUCCCACCACUCAGUGUGACCCAGCAAAACGAUUGGGGCGCCCUCGAAAGAAAGUCGACUCGUAUGAUGAGGCAAGACCUGGAGCAUCAAAAAGAGCACGAGUGGAAAAUGAAGAUAGUUCCAUUAGUAGAAAAGAAAAAUCGUUGGUUUCUACCAUAGUGGUUGUAGAUGAUGGUAUGUCAGAAGGCUUACACAUGACUACUAGCCAAGUUCAUGCAUUAGGUGCUUUAGUGGCAUGCCGAGAGUGUGGAGAAGCUGUGAGAAUAGGGGUUAGGCCAACGACAAAAGGCAUGAUAUCAGAAUUCACUGUAUCAUGUACUGUAUGUGAGGAUAACAAAUCUACAAAUACUCCUAAUUUAAUCCGUGAAAGGAAGAGAAAACGUGAAAAAAAGGAUGCAAUGCUUCAGAAGACAGAAAACAUUAAUUAUGCUCAUGUUGCUGCAUUUUUAGAUAAUGGUCUUGGCUACAGUGGGUUGCGUCACUAUUGUAAGUAUUUCAAUGCUAGAUGUUUAAACGAGGCAACCUUUAUUGUGUAUGCACGACAAGUGAUUAGUGAUGUUGUGGCUGACACGGAGGAUAGCUUGUUGUAUGGUACUGGGAUUGUUAGAGAAGUGUUCAAGAGCCAGUUAGAGACUGAUGGGCUUAUUGAUCUUACAGUUUCCUUUACAACCACUUAUCAUCAGUGGGGUAGUGAUUUCUGCCUUGUUGCUGGUGCUGUGAUAGAAUUAACAACAGGCCUUGUCCUAGACUAUGAUGUUGCUAACAUGUAUUGUCAUGUUUGCAAAAUAAAUGCCAAAAAAAUUGUCUCCAUGACACCAGCAGAAAUGACAGACUGGUUUAACAAGCACCAGGACACAUGUGAAAUCAGAGAGUGGUGUGAUGAGUUAGAUCAUGAUGCUGAGGAAGGAAUCAGAGAGAUAGAACCAAAGUAUUUGGAAUGCUUCAUAGCCAAAAAGAUAUGGUCACGUUCUGUUGAAAAGUAUGGCUUCAGAUAUACUACUCUUAUACAUGAAAGUGAUGAUAAAAUACAUGAAGAACUAUCUAGGGCAAAUGUCUAUGAGGAUAUUCCAAUUCUUAUUGAUAGCAAUACUUCUUGUUUCAGCAGAAGAAAGAGUGAACAUGCACGAACAUCUUUUCAAACAAAAUUAAAAGCAAAGUGUCCACGUGAAAGAGUGCAGACCAAAGACAGAAUCAUGUAUGUUUAUGCUAUGUCCAUUCCUGAAUACAACAAAUUUGCCAUUUCCUCAAAUAUUAAGCUAAGGCAGUUAGUAAAAGAACUAGAGGCUGGUUCAGAGGAACCUUCUAUGAUACUAGGUCAGCCAGUUGAAGACAUGGAAGUUCUGCAUUUAGAUGAUGUGAAGGAUAUAAAACUUUCAGAGGCAAAUGGACAGCGGGAAACUAACGAAAACACAGGAAAUGAGGAAGAGGAAGGAGAUGAACCAGAUGAUGCAGAACAAGAUUAUGACCAAGAUGCUGAUGAUCCAGAGGUGGCAGUGGGUGAAGAAGUGGGUGAAGAAUUUGAAAGACAGUUAGAGGAAGAAGAGCUGGAAGUUGAGAGGACAGAAGUAGUACUGGAAGAAAGUAUAGAAAUGCAGGAAGCAUCCAAAAAAAAUACAGAAAAAAACACUAUUAAUAAUAGCACAGUCACGGAUGAAAAGGAUAAAAAGUCAGUAGAUAGUAAUUUAAAAGAAGAACAGUGAUAAAUACCAAAUGUUAUUGUUGGGCAUGCCUUUCCUUAUUUUCUGUAUUAAUCAAGGGGAAGUGCUUAAUCCAUAGGGGUCAUAUAGUACCUGGGGAAUGGGAGGCUAUCAAGCUAGAUCCAAGGAAGGGGAGGAUAGUACCAGUUUCUUGGAUCAAGAACCCCUUGCUGGCAUCAAGAGAACUCCCUUGAGGGGCCUUUAUUCUUUAGAGGUCAAGGGUAGGUACAAUAAUGAAUUUUAUAUAUGAAGGCGCUCAUUCGGUAUAAAGUUUGAGCAUGGGUGCAGUCAAAGUAUGAAUUUCUAUAAUGUUAAUUUAUGAAAUUUAAUGCCAUUUUGAACAGUGUUAUUGCUGUGGGUUGUGUUACAAAUUUAUACUAUUUAGUAAAUUCUGUAUUAGUUGUAAAUUGGAAGUUUAUAUGUUUUAUGCCUAUAUCUUUUCUUCAGUUGGUGUUUUCUAAUUACUGUAUAUCAGCUGGCUGUGUGAUAUCCAGUAUACAAACACAUUCCUAACUUUUAUCUUAGCAUUGGUUGACUUUUUUAUACUUUUAAUAGUGAAAAUUGAGAAUAGUAACUGAAAUCAGACAACCAUCACAAUUUUAAUGGGUUUUGCUUGCUAUAAACGGUGGUUCAUACACCAGUAAAAUUCUUUCCUCCCUCUCUGAUCCUUUUCCUCUGGCAGUAUACUGUAUAUUAAGUUUUAUUGUAUACAUUAAUUGUAUAUCUGGUGUUGCUUGUAUUAAAAAAGUUAAUUUGAAGUACGUACUGUUCUUUUGACUUCUUUCUUUGAAAAUGAUAAUUUUAUCUACUGUAUCUUUAAUUUGGUAUUUAACCCUUAAACUGUCCAAAUGUAGAUCUACGUUUGCACCGCUAGCUCUCCGAACAUAGAUCUACAUAUUUUUACGUUUGAAAGUGUGUAAAAAAAAUGUAGAUCUACAUUUGGAGCGCUAGCAGUGCGAAUGUAGAUCUACGUUUGGACAGUUUAAGGCUUAAGGAGCAGGUGGCAGUGAAGGUUAUGGAGUGUCAAUACUUUGUAUAACUGAUAUGUGCAGAGAUUUAUAUGCAGUACUAAUUGUUAUGUAGUUAACAUUUACUCCAUGAUUCACAGGUGGUGUAUUUGCAUCACAUAUUAUAUAAUCACUACUUGUACAACAGCAAAUAUCUUUUAGGGAAUAAAGUUUCAUAUGAA